AAGGUCACCCUCAACCUGAGGUCAAGUUUCAGUUUCAAAACUUUUUUAAGUAAUCGACCAACAUGGAAACGGUAAUUUGAUCGGCCAUCGAGUUAUCCGAUUACAGUUCAGGAUACAUUCUGGGGUAUUACCAUUGUGUCCGGUAAAGGAAUUCGUACAAGAUUUUCCAUGCCCUGGACACUAUAAGCAUAACUCUUCGUUAUCAGAUCAAUCCAAACGUACACCUUGUGGUAGAGCCACUCCAUUUUGCGCGCUGGGGAUUUUCAGUGAUAUUCAAUGUAGUUCGGAAGCUGAUAACUUUGAGCACGGAACUGUUGAAACGACUGCUCAUCUUUCUAAGCUGUUGAUGCGGAUUUCAACCAAGCGAGUCAAUGGUAUUUUACAGCUUGGGGGAUUGUUGCGUAUCAGCACACUGGAUAGCAAAGCCAAACUAUCAAGUUUGGUAUCACUUCUGGAAUCAAUUUUCAACAGCGUUUCAACGAAAGUAUGCCAAAAGUACCACAGUAGAGCAUAAAUUAUGCAGAUGUUUCAUGUAAUGGGGGACCAAGAAUCUGCCAUCAGAACGGAAUUUAUGCAAAGUUUCCUUGCCAAAAAUAUGAAGGAAUAUGGUUUAAUCAAACAACCGACAAGAUGCUGUGGAUGCGCUUAUUACAGUCAACGGAUUGGUCCAGAAUACACAUUAAUUGUGUUGGACGGUUACGAGAUUCUGUCUGUUGACCUGAAGGAAAAUACACGCUACGCUCCAGGUGGGAUCACUAUAUCUGCCCCCAACCAAGAUUCGACCAGUCAAAAGUGUUUUCAAUGCAGAGUGAAGUGUGGUGAAGAUAAUCUAGUCGGUUGGGCCACGGAACUCAGACAAGAAAACGGGUGCCUCGACAGAGAGGACUUUAAGCUGCUACCACGAUUACGUUGUGCUAUCUCGGAACACCAAUUGCAGUGGCUUAAUCUGCAGCUUCAAGAAGCGGUCCGUAAGACGGACAACGUCGUCGUGGCAUGUCACAUCCCGCUGCAUCCCCUUUUGGUUUCCGAUCGAUCUGCAUUGCCAGUGAAUUGGAAGGAACUGCUUUAUCUCAUCAUGAAUUUUAACUGCGUCCGUCUGGUGCUCAGCGGAAGGCCAUUGGGAGAAGCUGCACAGCCACCGAAUCCUCAGAAACCGUACCAUUACGAUCAUGGGAUUGUUUACUAUAGUGUACCGCCAGCAUUGGAGUUGACCAAGCAAGACAAGCUGGCCUGGACGCAUAUGAUUGUGGAGCUCGGAUACGAUUUUGUGCGAAUCAAAGGCGAAGGGAUCCCGCUGCCUCAAGAAACUCCCAAUGGGGACCCAUGCUCCGAGCCCAGUUGGACCAUUCCGUUUGAACCGAGAAGAAAACUGCGUGUGAAUCACUUUGACUAUGCUUUCAACGGUGGAUAUGAUUUUUGAACAACAUCGGAGUGGGGUAUAGCGCUACGGAUCUAGGGCUCGCCAAAAGACAGCCAGUCAGUCAGUCAAUCAGCCAAGGAUUUGCUUUAUGCACCCAUGAAGGGUGAAUAUUCAGCUCUCACAAAGUAGUUGAUGUUGUUCGAAAUGUUGUGAGAUAGCUGGAGGCAAGAUGUAAUUUCAUUUCUUCAAGACUGGUCAGUUCUUCAGGGCACCAGUUGUUGUGCCUGAUGAUUUUGUGUACAUUGUCAUAUGUGACAACUUCUAUUUCACUUCAGUUGAAAACUGUGAUCCGAAAUACAAUGGGGAUCUGUUGUUUGCCUCU